AUGGCGGCGGCGGCUGGGAGCGGGACGCCCAGAGAGGAGGAGGCUCCCGGAGGGGAGGCCGCGGCUACGCAGGCCCAAGCCCCGACGACUGCGCCCGGGGCUCGGCUCUCCAGGCUGCCUCUGGCCAGAGUGAAGGCUCUGGUGAAGGCGGACCCUGACGUAACGCUCGCGGGACAGGAAGCCAUCUUUAUCCUGGCGCGUGCCGCGGAACUGUUCGUGGAGACCAUCGCAAAGGAUGCCUACUGCUGUGCUCAACAAGGAAAGAGGAAAACCCUCCAGAGGAGAGAUUUGGAUAAUGCAAUAGAAGCUGUGGAUGAGUUUGCUUUUCUAGAAGGUACCUUGGAUUGAUUACGGAGCUGGAUGACCUGGUGAGCCUUUGCUGCGUCCUUCAUCUUUCCCCGUGCAAGCCUCAGCUUUGGAGAGAGUCUGCGCGUGCACACAAUCUUCUUCUACUUUCCCCAAGCUGCAGAGAUCUCCACAAAGUCUUCCCUUCCUCAGUCUGUCUUCCACAGCCUGGAUGUAGCUGAUGCUGCUUGGGGCAGCCAUGAGAGGACUGUUCCGCAUAAGUGUGGCUCAGUGAGUGAGGAGACCAGAAUAAAGGUCUUUGGUCAGCUUCAUUCCUGUGUUUUAUGGUCCUGCCUUUGCUCUUGCCCUGUGACCGGAGAACCCUGUGGUCAGGCACAGACUUUUCCUCAUCUACCAACCAUCCUGAGUCAACGUUUUUAUUAACUUUGUUCUUUCUCAGCAUAUCAUUGGAAUGUGGGUCUAUAAUUUAUGGGAUACUGUACUCUUAGGAGUACAAAUCAGUAAUUCAUGUGUCAUAAACAAUUUCGACUGUAAAGUUCAGUGUUUUUUUAAUAUUCAUAGGUAUAUAUAGUGACAUUUUGAACAUCUUGUGAACAGAUUCACAUGAGUCUUUUGUUUGACAAGAUUUAGAUUAUGUUAUUUAAAUUUUAUCUAUGCUAUCGUAUGUAUUUGUACCGUUUCCUUUAAGUUGUGAGAUAUACAUAAUAUAAAGCUUCCCAUUUGA